AUGGCUUCCCACGACGACGACACGAUGCCCGAGGAGACACAGGGGUACAAGCUCUCCCAGCCCAAGCAGUCCCUCGCCGAGUACGAAAAGAUGGAUGCCGGGGACGAGUCCCUCCAGCGCUACAAGCAGUCCCUCGGCCUCGGAGGCGGCAAGGACCUCUCAGACCCCUCGGACUCCCGCGUCUGCAUCAUUCUCUCCCUCACCAUGCACUCGCCCAGCCGGGACCCCGUCACCAUCGACCUGUCCCAGCGAGGCAGCGAGUCCUCGCUCAAGGACAAGCCCUUCAAGAUCAAGGAGGGUGCCAAGUUUACCAUGAGCGCCCAGUUCAAGGUCCAGCACGAGAUCCUCAGCGGCCUCCACUACGUCCAGGUCGUCAAGCGCAAGGGCAUCCGCGUCUCCAAGGACUCGGAGAUGAUUGGAAGCUACGCCCCCAACACGGACAACCAGCCUACUUAUAUCAAGAAAUUCCAGGAGGAGGAGGCUCCAUCCGGCAUGCUCGCGCGCGGCCACUACAACGCCGUCUCCAGCUUCGUCGAUGACGAUAAAAAGACCCAUCUCCAGUUCGAGUGGAGCUUCGACAUUAGCAAAGAGUGGUAG